AUGGAGAAGGGCCACGUAAAGGCCCAAUGCUGCGGCGACAAAGACCGCAGCAAAGAUUGUUACAGGUGCGGGGGCCCUGGACACAUAGCCCGGGAGUGCACGCUACAAGUGCACUGCCCGGUGUGUGCCGACAUGGGCAGGCCGGCGGACCACAGAGCCGGCUCCCGCAUCUGUAAAGCGCCCAAGAAAAAGAAGAUGGGGGAAGCUGCUAUACAGCCCCCCCAGAACAAGCAGGGCACCGGGAAGGCGAACUCCUCCAAGGAGGAGAAGAAGAAGAAACCUCUCAUCCUUCUUCAAAAAGAGUACAAGCGGGAGGAGGCACCUCCACUCCCCUCUACGUCAAACGAGGGGAUGAUGGAGGUGGAGCCUCUGGAACAGAGGAUUCCCAGGAGGAGGCAGGGCAAAACGCCCGAGGAAGUCCCUCCACCGAGUGACGGUGAGGGGGACAAUCAGAUGGAGGCAGAGUCGGAGGAACUUGACCGCCAAACUUAG